CUUCUACAAUAGCCAUAGUCCCGCUAUUGACGUUCUUAAAUAGGAUAAAUAUUACACAAAAAUGUUAAAAUUGUUCUACCAAUGAAACAUCUAAGCUAUCGUAUUCGAAAUCUACAAAUAUAAACAAAAUGGCUGAUGAGGACUGGAACUUAUUAAGAAAACCUGAAUUUAUACCAAAUCUAGAACGUAUGCCAAUUCACCACAAGAUAGGAUCGCACCAAAGACAACAUAUUGGAAGAGCAAGAACAAAACGACGACAACAGAGUCCUAAGUCAACCAGACGCCACCACAAAUAUUCCACCGACGAACGAAUAACCCGUAAAGCUUCAAAAGCCAACUCAGACUUAUGGCUAGACUUUAACUUGGACGCUUCUUUGUCAGAAAGCGAAGAUGAGCAACAAGAAACUACUCAAGAUGGAACAGAAACAAGUGUGCUGGUGUACAAUAAUUCCUGUAAAAAGUUUGGAGUCACACCACGUGAUAGUGUUUUGAAACAUUUACUAACAGACAAAUUAUCCAUCAACAACGGUAGACUGACACGCCACGACAUUCAACCUUUAGCAUAUUCUCUCACGAUGAAUAACACCAUAACUAUAUUAGAUAUUUCUGGGAACAAUCUUGGAGGAGAAGGCUUGAAGCAUUUUAGUAGAAUGCUGGAGGAAAAUGUGUCGAUAACUGACCUUGAUGUUUCCUAUAACGACCUAGGUUGUAAAGGUGCCAUACUUCUUGAGCAGUUACUUAGUUCCAAAUCAAAUCUGAAAUCUCUUAAUGCUACAGGGAACAGUUUUGGAAACGAAGAAUCUCGCUGCUUUGCAGAAGCUCUAAAGCAAAAUACAAAUCUACGUCAGUUAAUUUUAAGUGACAACAAUAUCCAGGAGCAAGGAGGAUCGCUGCUUGCAGAGGCAUUAGAAAACAACGAAUAUUUACAAGAUUUAGAUUUAAGUUGGAACCAACUGAGACUCUAUGGCGCUGUUGCCAUCGGAAAUAGUUUACAGAAUAAUGAAUCAUUAAAACAUCUGAAUGUGUCCUGGAAUGGUUUUGCAGACUUGGGUUGUGAAGCUGUAGGGAGAGCAAUAGCGUCAAAUUCUUGUCUUGAGACUUUAGAUUUGUCCAGUAAUAGAAUUGGAUAUGAAGGAUGCCACAAUCUUGCCAAAGCUUUAGUUCUUAAUAAUACAUUGACAUGCUUAAAGGUGAAUUACAAUUCGAUUACCACACGUGGAGCUUUAGAACUUCUUGUCGCGAUAAAAGAAAACUAUACUAGUGCCAUAGACCGCCUUGAACUUCAGGAUGUGCCAGUCGUGCAAAGCUGUUUAGAAAUUGCAACAGACAUUAAGAAAAACAGAGACAAUUUUCGAGUUAUCCACGAUGUGACAGUAUUAUCAGAGGAUUUUAUUCUUCGGUGUGUUAGACCUAACAAAAUUUAAAAAAGUUCCAUUUUUCAUCAGGAAUGUGGUUUUCAUUUGUAUAUUCUAACAUCAUGUUAUAGCUUUCCUAAGUGGCAUAAGCCAUAAGUGAUAAACUUAUAUUGUCAUCAGUGCCAUAUAUAGACUAACAGUCUUUCAUCUGUAAUUUUCAGGAGAGAAAAAAUCGUGUUCUCCGUUCCGCGUGAAAUGGAAUUAAAUUUGUAACACUGACUAUUCGAAUUAGGAUUAGGUUAAAAAAAGUUUAAUUCUGCAACAGAAGACGCCAAACCAAUUGAUUAAUUCCUAUAUGAGCAGCACGGGUAAGGGACUAAUAUGAAAUAAAAAAAGUCUUUGUUCGUG